CUGUUUCAUUUUGUAAUGUCUUGAAAAUGCGAAAUUUCGUCAUUAUUUUUUUAAUACUCGCAAUUGAAAUCCUAGUCACUGCUCAGGAUUUUUGCAGGCAUCCAUUGUAUUUUGAAGAUGAGUUAAAAACGUGCGAUCAAAACGACUUUUGCUUUUCAUUGGACGAAGAUAGAAUUCAUACAAAAUAUUUUUCGACAAAAACUGCAUAUCGAACAGAAAAGUCACGCGACAAACGACAUGAUUUUGAAAUCGAAGAUUGCACUCCUUCAAAUGUUUGGCUUUUGAUUCGACAUGGAACUAGACUCACAACUGCCAAGGGCAUUAAACGUUUUAGCCAAAUGGAAAAGUUUCGAGAUGAAAUAGUCAAGAAUGCUGAAAAAUUGCCAAAUCUACCAUUGUGUCAAGAGGAUUGGAAGCUAUUGAAAUCCUGGAAGUGGAACAAUAGCAUCACCGAAAAUCAAGGAAAUAAUUUGGUUACACAGGGAUUCAAUGAGCUUAGGACGAUUGCACACAAUUUCAAACAAAACAUACCAAAUCUUUUUUCACCACCAUAUGAUAUCAGUACAUUCCAUUUUCGACACACAAAUACCGAACGAACACAUUCCAGUUUUGGGGCAUUUUUUGAUGGCAUAUUUGGCGAUAAUACACAUAAAAUGAUUAAUGCGAGAAGUCCAUCAAAUCGUCCAGAUUUAUUGCUUAAAGCAUAUGCAAAUUGUCCGUUGUGGAUCGAGCAAAAGAAGAAAUUGAAACAGUCCGAUUCCGAAGUGAAAAAAUUUGAAAAUUCAAUGGUGUUUAAGAAAAUGAUUGAAGACAUUGAUUCGAGAUUGGGUUUUGAUGGAACAUUACAAAUGAGAUCGGUUAAAGACAUCUAUGACAUGUGUCGCUACGAACAAGCGUGGCAAACGGACAAAGCAAGCAGUUGGUGUUCAUUGCUGACUCCGUCUCAAGUGUACUUACUUGAAUAUCUAGAAGAUUUGAACUAUUUUUAUAAGUCAAGUCAUGGCUCAAAACUCAAUAAAAAUAUCAAGUGCUUUGCAAUGAAAGACAUGCUAAGACGUUUAUCAGACGAUAAUAAGCCAAAAACCACUGUAUAUUUUAGUCAUUCGGCUGCGGUACAAUUAUUUCUAACCUCUUUAGAAGCCAUGAAAGACGACGUCAAUUUAACAGCGGAAAAUUUUGCAAAGAGUACGCUUAGAAAAUGGCGAACAAGUAGGGUGAGCCCGUUUGCAGCAAAUGUCGCCGUCGUUCGAUACAAAUGCCCAUUGAACGAUAAAGUGAAAUUUUUUCUAAAUGAAAAUGUUUUACAUUUUGAUUGGUGUACCGAAAAUGGUGUGUGCGAUUGGAAUGAUGUCCAAGAAAAAUAUGCUUUUUACGCACAUACAGAUUGUAAUAAGGUCUUUUGUUCUAAUCAACUGUGA